GCCGGAGAGGCGUGGCCGGAGCGGAGCUGGGAGGGAAGCCGGGACCUCCCGGGCGCGUGCUGAAACGCGCCCCGCUGCUCCCGCGGAGCUCCAUUUCCCCUCUCUCCCCGGAGUCCUCUUUCUCCCCUAGACCUCGCCCUUCCUCACCUCCCCGACACCCUCUCAGGUCCCACCACCCCUUCUCGGGUGGGAUUCCUUGACCUCCCUUCCCACUCUAACCUCCUCUAGGGUGGCGGUGGGGGAACCUCGCCUGACCCCUACUCCCCCAACCUCCCCUCCCCCCCAGCCUCUUUUUUCUCUCCUCUCUCAUGUCAGCUUCUUUCUCUGCCCUUCUCUCCUCUCACAUCCUUGGGACUGUCUGUGAUACGAUUAACUGUACAUUACCAAAUCUGACUUCUGCCUCUUUGCCCUGAAUCUCCACUCUUCCUCUCAUCGCCAAGACCCCACCCCCAAUUAGUCCACAGCUUCUUCUUUACUUUCUCAGUGUUUUCUCCUUUCUCUGCCUUCCGUCUUCUCUCUCUUUCCCUCUGUCUUCCCCCUCAGCCCCUGUGCCCAUCUCUGUGUCCCUCAUCUCCCCCUUUACUUCCUCUCCCCCUAUACCCAGUCUCACCCCAAGGCCUCUGGAGCCUCUUCCUGUUCUCUGGCCCCAGCGCUCCGCACCCUCAUCUCAACGCGAUCAUGGCCACCAUCCCGGACUGGAAGCUACAGCUGCUAGCCCGGAGACGACAGGAGGAGGCAGCCCUUCGUGGCCGGGAGAAGGCAGAGCGGGAGCGUCUGUCCCAGAUGCCAGCCUGGAAGCGGGGACUCCUGGAGCGCCGCCGGGCCAAGCUUGGUCUGUCUCCUGGGGAGCCUAGCCCUGCACCUGGAACUACAGAGGUUGGACCUCCAGACCCAGACGAGUCGGCUGUCCUCCUAGAGGCCAUUGGGCCAGUGCACCAGAACCGAUUCAUUCGGCAGGAGCGCCAGCAGCAGCAGCAGCAGCAGCAGCGGAAUGAAGAACUACUUGCAGAAAGAAGGCCUGGGACUUUGGAGGCUCAAGAGCGGAGACCCAGCCCUGGGGAGAUGCGGGAUCAGAGCCCCAAGGGAAGAGAGUUGAGAGAAGAGUGGCUCAGUCCCAAGGAAGCCAGAGAGAAGAGGAUAGGGGGAGCUCGAGAGUCGAGCCCCAGGCCUUCAGAGUCUUGGGACUGGAGGCAGAGCCCAGGAGAGGCUGGAGACAAGAGCUCCAGACUGUCAGAAGCACGGAAAUGGAGACUGAGCCCUGGAGAAACUCCAGAGUGGAGUCUGAGACUGGCAGAGCCUGGAGAACAAAGCCCAAGGAGAAAAGAGGUAGUGGAAAGUAGACUGAGCCCAGUGGAGUCUGACAACCAGAAGAUGGGCCUGACAGAGGCCCAUAAAUGGAGGCCUGACUCUGGAGAGUCUCAGGAACAGAGUUUGGUACAACUGGAGACAUCAGAGUGGAGGCUGAGCUUAGAAAAAAGAAAAGACUGCUCAGAAGAAUGUGGGAGAAAAGAAGAGAGGCCAAUUGCAAGGCUGGCCUCAGAAGAGAUUACAGAGCAGUCAGAGACCCUGACUAGGGAGGUUCCAGACAGCAGGUCUGGAGAAGUGGAGGCAGCAGAACAAAGGCCUAGCCCUGUGGAGGAUGGUGAGAGGGGACUGAGGUUGACAGAAGGAUGGAAAUGGACCCUGAACUCUGGCAAGGUUCGAGAAUGGACACCCAGGGACACAGAGACUCAGAUUCAGAAACCAGUCCCCCCAGAGUCUGCUGAGAAGUAUUUGGGGCCCCUUGGUACAGAGGCUGGAGAAGGGGAGGCUGAGAAGAAGGCGGGGGCUCAGGGCAGGCCUCUGAGAACCCUGCAGAACUGCAGCUCUGUGCCCUCCCCCUUCCCACCAGAGGACGCUGGGACUGGAGUCUCUAGACAGCAGGAAGAGGAAGCAGUGCAACUACGGCCCCCACCAACAGCCCCUUUAUCUCCCCCACCCCCAGUCCCGCUUGCCCCCCAGUCCCCUGGGGAUCCCCUCAUGAACCGACUGUUCUAUGGGGUAAAGGCAGGGCCAGGGGUGGGGGCCCCUCGCCGCAGUGGACACACCUUCACAGUCAACCCUCGGCGGUCCCUGCCCCCUGCAGCCUCUACCACUCCUCCGGCCACCCCAGCCACAGCUGAUGUUGCAGUCCCCGGAGCUGGAGCUGGGAAGAAGCGGUAUCCAACCGCUGAGGAGAUCUUGGUUCUGGGAGGCUACCUCCGUCUCAGCCGCAGCUGCCUUGUCAAGGGGUCCCCUGAAAGGCACCACAAACAGCUCAAGAUCUCCUUCAGCGAGACAGCAUUGGAAACCACGUACCAAUACCCCUCCGAAAGUUCAGUGCUGGAGGAGCUGGGCCCAGAGCCUGAGACUCCCAGUACCCCCAUCCCCCCAGUGGCCCAACCCAAUGACGAAGAGGAUGAGGAUGAGGAAGAGUUGUUGCUGCUACAACGGGAGCUCCAGGGCGGGCUUCGCACCAAGGCCCUGAUCGUGGAUGAGUCCUGCCGGAGGUGACCCUCUUCCAAUAUAGGGUCUAUACCUUCCACUUUCCCAGAACUGAGGAUCCUGGAAACCAGAAGAUUG